AAAACGAAACUGAACGACUCGGAGUUUCCCGAGAAGACCUCAUUAGAUCAGAAACCAGGCGGACUCCUUGACGGUAUUUAAAGAAUUACAGAAGUUGGGAUUGAAUGACACUUCGUCACACAGCUCGUGUUCAUACAAUACCUACCUACAAGUGUUAUCCAGCAUCGUAUUUCUGCCUUUUUACCCUCAAAACGACUGCACCUGAACGCAACACGCACCUUGCUGAAGCCUCAUCACUGCAGAAAUGUCUAAACCGCUGCUCUUGCCGUGGCUGCGGAGCCAGAUUGACAGUGGCAGGUAUCCCGGUGUCCUCUGGACAAACCCGGAGCGGACAGAGUUCUCCAUCCCCUGGAAACACGCUUUAAGACAGGACUCCUCCGACGAUGACAUCCUCAUCUUUAAGGCCUGGGCAGAGGUGAGUGGCAACGGCCGGGCCCACGGAGACUCCUCAGUCUGGAAGAGGAACUUCCGCAGCGCCCUCCGAGCCAAAGGCUCCAAAAUGGUCUCUGACAACAAGAACGACGCUGCUAACCCCCAUAAAGUGUUUCGCUGGCCGGAAGAGUCAGCAUCAGGAGCUAGCUCUACUGCCGGAUCCCAGGACCAAGACGACCUGGAUUUGUUUGAGGAAUUUCACCUUCCUAUACAAGAUAGCCAGGUCGUCCCAUGCUUUGAGGACUGUCUCUAUCUUCCAGACGACACUCUCUUUGCAGCAGAUUCCUCUGCCAGCCAGGAUAUCCUCCAGGAGUGUCUGAAGGGCCUGAACAUCGGCCCUGAAGCAGUUUCCCCAACUUUUUCCACAGAGGACACCGCAGGCUUUGAGCAUCCUCCUGAGCAACAGCAGCUCCAGAACCAGGUUGCGAUUGGUGGACACCCGUUGCCUGGGCAACAGCAGUAUCCAGUAACGUUUGAGGGUGCAGUCGGGGAAGCUGGGUUGCCUGAGCAACCGCCACCUCCAAUGGAGGGAGCUGGAGGAGGGGCCUAUGAUGGGCAGUUGGCGGAGCAGUUCCUACACACCAUGACCAAGACCAGUGAUGGAGACAAUUUCAGGACUCAGUUCAGGAUAACAGUGUACUACAGAGGGGUGAAGGUGUCCGAGCAGAUGGUCGAGAAUGAGGUUGGGAUCCGCUUAGUCUACAGGCCCGAACUCAUCGGGACAGUCGUGGAUCAAGAGUCCGGCCUGUCCCUGGUCUCUCUGCCGAGUCCUGGAGUCAUGCUGGAUCAAACCCAAGCCAAUCUGACCCAACGCAUCCUUGACAAGCUGGGCGACGGUUUGGACAUUGGGGUAUCGGGCCGCGUGGUCUACGGCCUGCGACGGGGUGAAAUCAAAGCGUUUUGGAGCUUCUCCAAGUUUGACAGGAGCAGACAGCCGCAAGAGAUUUCUAAACUGCAGCCUCAACCGCUGUACCACUUCAAGGACUUUGUGCGAGGGAUAUUGGACUUCAUUGAGGGGAGAGACUGCCCUCCCUGCUCCCUGUUCUUCUGUCUCGGGGAGAAGUGGCCUGACCCAGGCAACAGGCCUUGGGAGAAGAAACUCAUCACAGUGGAGGUGGUCCUGACUUCAAUGGAGUUACUUAAGAACAUGGCUGUCGGAGGCGGCGCCUCCUCCCUGCAGUCUGUGGAGCUGCAGAUGUCCCUCGAAGAGAUGAUGGAGCUGUACUGACGCACUGUGCUGUGCCUGAAGAAACUCAUUGUUCACCCUUCUUUUGUCAUCCUUAACCUUGACAUCUCAGCAAUAAUAACGUGUACAUGUUUUAUGAACGUUUUAUAUCUUGAUUCUAAACCCAAUAGAAUAGAUCAGGUAAUAACAGUUGUAUUAAUAAUUAGUCUUGUGUUGGAUUUGCUGGCACUGAACAAAGGUGCAAUUUGUACCAUGUUUAAACAUAAAUAUGUGCUUUUAAGUUCAUUUACACUUUGGUAUUUUUUACAAGAAAUAAUGAGACUGUUUUUUUUUUUUACCUCAGUGAUAUUAUUGGUGCUAGUGUUUCUGAGAAAUGAACCCACAUUUCUAAGAUGCUGCUUUCUGGAGCUUAAUUAAAGAGCUCCAUCACUCAGCUCAAGAGGUAAACAGUAACUCUCUAGUAAUAGUAAAGCCUUGAACUCAACUGUUCAACCAAAGCUACAAUCAAACUGGAGUGUAAAUGGAUUUAACAGUACAGAUGUGAUCAGAGCAUCUGGAAUCAGUUUAAAUGUUUUUGAUCUCGUAUCACGAGACAGUUGUAGCACAAUCUGCCAAACAUACACCUUCUAUUUAAGGCUAACCAAUGAAACUGUGCAGUGAAAUACACGCAAUAUCAGUAUACGCUGUCAAGACUUUAUUAAAAUAUUGGA